GUUAGAAACAAGAAAUGUCGUAAAUGUCGUAACCAGCUGAACGUCAAAAAGAUAGUGACAAAAUAAUAGGUAUACAAUUCAAUUAUUAUGGGCGACGAAAAAUUAAAUUCCAGUAACAAAUGUGAAACAAAAUAUCAAUACAAUGUCAUAAUCAUCGGCUGUGGUAUAGCGGGACUAUCCGCUGCUAAUUAUCUUUUAAAUAAUGGUAUGGAUGAUUUUAUUAUACUGGAAGCUAGAAAACGUAUUGGAGGCCGAAUUGUAUCAAUACCAAUGAAAAAUCACAAGAUUGAGUUAGGAGCUAACUGGAUUCAUGGCGUUUUGGGUAACCCUAUAUUUGAAAUAGCUAUGGCGAAUAAUCUGGUUAAUAUAAUAAAUAUACCGAAACCUCAUAAAGUUAUAGCGGCAACCGAAGAUGGCAAGCAGGUACCUUUUAGCGUAUUGCACGAGAUACACGAAGCUUACGUUUGUUUCUUACGACGAUGCGAAGAAUAUUUCUUAUGCCAGUACCUGCCUCCACCAGACAUUCACAGUGUAGGGGAACACAUUAAUUUGGAAGCCACAAUAUACUUAGAGCGCCUACCAACAUCGGAGGAAAAAAAACUAAGAAGGUUAAUAUUUGAUUGUUUAUUAAAGCGAGAGACAUGUAUAUCUGGCUGUAACAGUAUGGAUGAGGUUGACCUUUUAGAGUUAGGUAGCUAUACAGAACUUCAAGGUGGAAAUAUCAUGAUACCUUCAGGCUUUAGUUCUAUUUUAGAGCCACUGAAAAAGGAUAUAAAACCUGAAAAAAUACUAAGCAAUCACCCAGUAAAAAAAAUUAUAUGGGACACAAAUGAACAUGAUUCAAGAUCUCUGGAUGAUAUGGGUGAAGAGUCAGAGGACUCGGACCAAACUGUGAUAGAAGACAUAUCUAAAACUGCCUCAGACAAAAUGAUGAAUCCGGGAGAGGGCACUUCACAAACUGACAAUCUACCAAAACCAAAGAAAAAGAAUCCUAACUAUGUAGAAGUAGUGUGUGAUAAUGGAGAAUCAUAUUUUGCUAAUCAUGUCAUAUGUACUAUUCCUUUGGGUGUUCUUAAGGAAAAUGUGGCUAGUUUAUUCCAACCUGCUUUACCCCAAUACAAAGUGGAAUCAAUAGAGAGAUUAUUGUUUGAUGUUGUAGACAAAAUUUUCUUGGAAUAUGAUAGACCAUUUCUAAACCCUGAUAUUACUGAAAUCAUGUUACUAUGGGAAAGCCCAACUGUGCCAGAAGAUUUAGCAGAUUCAUGGUAUAAAAAAAUUUAUUCAUUUAGCAAAGUAUCAGAAACAUUGUUGCUUGGCUGGGUAUCAGGUAAAGAGGCUGAGUAUAUGGAAACAUUAUCUAUGGAAGAAGUGGCAGCUACAUGCACAAAGAUUUUAAGGAAAUUUUUAAAUGACCCAUUUGUUCCAGAGCCACUGAAUUGUGUUUGUACUAGUUGGAAGAAGCAGCCUUAUACUCGGGGAUCUUAUACAGGCAUCGCAGUUGGGGCAAGCCAGAGUGAUGUUGAAAGUUUAGCACAACCAUUAUUCAGAAAUGUUCAUGACAAAAAGCAAGUGCUGCUCUUUGCUGGAGAGCAUACACAUAGUAGCUUCUACUCAACUGCCCAUGGAGCAUAUUUGUCUGGGCAAGCCGCUGCUCGCCGCCUGUUAAGUCCAGAAGAGUCUACUGAAAACUUUCUUGAAUGUCCUGGUUCUGCUGAUCUCAACUCUUGGAUACAGGGUAUUCAAUUAGAGGGGUAACAUACUGUUAAAAUUAGUUAUAUGUUAUUACAUCUGCUUAACAUGCACAGAAUUUAGGUACAAUUUUAGUUCAUUGUAUUUAUCACAUUCAUGACAAAGGCAGUGCCUCUUUUGUAUGAUUAGAACUAUUUAUAACAUUAGGAUGUACAUGAUACUUUAUGUAUUAAUUCUUCUAUUCUGUGUCAUAAAGGCCUUACGGUACAAUCAGUUCUGGAUUUGUAAAUAUGCCGUAUAGGCCGCGACCUAUGGGUGGCAGAUUUCAGAGGAUGCUCACUCGAUUUAAUUAAUCAUUCGUUUAUUUAACUUUAUUGCCUUCCAUGAUACAAACAAAUGGAAACUUAUUCAGUACGUUAGAAACCUACAUAUAUACAUAUACCUACCUACACGGGGCGGCGGAAAUAAAGUUGCCUACAUUCAUAAAAAGUAUAAAUCCGGCACUGGGUACAAUCCUGGGACAUAUAAAAACUAACUUUAUAGAAUUUAUGUCCAUAAAAUUAGUCUAGAUGAAACUAAAGUAAAUUUUUUAAUUCCUCAAAUUAACAUAAGUAAACUCCUACAAGCAGUAUUGAUUGUCUAAAAAGAUUGAUUGUGUAAAAACACUGCAACUGAAUUUCUCACCUUAGUAUAUAAAUAGUUCUAAUUGCUCUGUUUCUCUAUAAUUUUUAAGGUUUCAAAUAUAGCCUUCAAUGAACAGUUAAUUAUAUAUACUCUCGCCGUAGGCCGCUUUCAAUAAACAUUCCAAUCACUAUUUUCAGAUCGAUAAUAAAUAUGGAUCAAUUAGUAUGGUUUAGUCUUGGAUUGGCCCGAACUUGGCGAUUGGUAUCGUUUAUUCUAAUCGGCCAUAAGUGAUGAGGAAGGGCAAGGAAGGCAAUAUAAUUAUUUCAUUUUUAAUUUGAAAAUGACUAUAUUUAUUACAACGACUCGAGAUUUCGGAUAUUUGUACGUUCUGUUACAAAAAUGUAACAGGAUAGUUUAGACAGUAUUUAUUUAUUAAUUACUCUGGCUCCGUACGAAAUUAUUACCAGUUGGGCGUAAAGUAUUUAAUAAUUCACGAAUAAAGGUACCGAUUAUAUAUUACUACUGGGUAUUGGAUAAAGGGUGGCAAGUCGAAGAGCAUAAGUUAUUAUAUUAUAACAAAUACUUACACAAAGUUAAUAGCCGCUAUUUUGCGUUUAACUUAUAUUUUUAUUUAUAGUCGUUCUCAAUAAACGGUCCCAAUCUUAAUCUUCAAUUGGAUUCUGAGAAUGAACCAUUAAUAAUAACCCAUUUCAUGACAAAAAAAACUUUGUUCUGAUUGGUCCAUUUUCGAGAUAGAUCGAAAAAAGCGACCGGGUCGUUAAUUGAAAAUGUCGGUUAGAUUGACUAAAAGAUAAAAAAAAAACAUUUUCUAUUGUUCACAUGCUUAAACACGAUCACUUGUAGGAUGUCAUUUCGUUUGUGAUCCUUGAUCUAGUACAUAUACAUAUGUAAAUUUAUACUUUUAUUGAUGAUUACAUAAAUAUUCAUUUGUUUAAUACUUAUUCAAUGCUAUCAACCGCUUAAUCAGAGGCUCGAUUUUAGUGAUUAUAUAUUGUAGAUUUUUAGAAAUAUACUUUCCAUAAAAGUAAGUGCUAUUAUGGCACUUUGCAAGAAUUUUCCCAAGCUAUAAGUAAUGCAUUAAAGCUAAAUAUUAAUAUUAUGUUCAUGUAAUCAAGCAAUAAACACUAAAGAAGCGAUCAUAAUUAAUUUUUUUUUGGUCUAGGGGCUGAUAUUUUAAUCACUAGAUAAAAUACAAUAAGUAUGUCAAAUUAAAUAUUAAGUACUUACAAUAAUUUUGUGAAUAAAUUAUGAAAUUCUCUCCUUUUCUAAUUUUGUCAGGUUAAAUACUUACCUUUAUUUUAUCAGCAGUAUCACUUUUAUCUGAUGAUUAAAAUUCAGCUAUACUUACCUAAAUUAUUGAAAUAUGAUAAUUAUAUAAUAUGGUUAAUAACAUUGGAAUAUUUUUUGUUCUAAUGUUAAUUAUAAUUAUUUUUUUUUAUUUUACACAUUAGAAAUUAUGUUGGUAAAGAAUGUAAUGUUCAUACAAAAUAUAGUGAAACAUUGCUUGCACAAAAUUCUGAUAUGAAAUUGUACAUUAUAUUGUGAUAUUUACAAAUUUGAAUGGUUGCCAAAUUGAAUGAUGUUUCCAGUGUAAGCACUAUGAUAUUAAGUAUUUUACGGAAGCAUAACAUAGGCAGAUGUGUUAUAUUUGUUAUAUCCUGAAGUUUAUCGGAUUUUUGUUUAUUCUUAUUGCUUUAUAGAUAUUCAAUGUAUAAUAUACUAGAUAGCAUUGGGAUCUUUUUACAAUCUUGGGUUAAAAAUGUAAAUAAAAAUAGCAAUUGAAUUUCAAUUUGUCAUUAUGAAAUUGUAUUACAAAUCUGUAAAGCGAUAUAAUUUAUCUAUAGGUAAUAUCAAUGACACAAGUGAAUACAAUUAUGCACUUCAAUUUUACGUUACACAGAAACACUACCUUAUUAAAAAUGUAAUAGAUGUAUAACUAGGUUGUAUUAUUCAAUUUAUCUAGUCAGUGCAAUGUUUUGUAUCGCUUUAAUAAAUCAUCCAAAAUGUUA